UCAAAUGCAAAGCGCUUAUGCAAGUGAUCACAGUUGUGGUUGUCAUGUCGUCGUCCUGUAAUAGAAAUCAAUUGAUUGUGAUACCAGUGUCUUGUCGUUGGCGUCGGUCUGAGCUCCAUUUCCAUCUGAGUUGUUUCGGUGCUGAUUGGCUGAAUGUGAGCAAACAAUUGCUCUGGAAAGCAUAGCAAAUACUGAAUCUGAAAGCAUCGUAAAAACGACGCUGGUUGUUCUGGCCUCAUCGAAUUUCAUACGUUUUUUCUUUUAGCUUCUGUGUUGAAACACGAGUACGACAAUGUCUAUGACAAGCUCGUCUAUGCGAGUUGUGAGCCGACCACUUGCACGUGUGAUUCCGUGCCGACAGGGUGGCAGUGCUGGAUCGUCGACCUCGGGUUCGAGUUCUGCCAAGACAUUAGUUGCUGGCGUUUCAGGCGCGACUGCCGCUUACCUGUUGUACCAGGAGCGAGACAAUAUCUCUGCGCUCGUAUUAUCUGCGAGCUUCUGCUCCUCCACACGACGGUAUACGUUCACCACGCGAGGACCAUCCGCUGCUCCGGGUGCAGACGCUUUACUCGGAGGUGCACCGUCGAAUCGAGUUUUGUGUGAGGUAUCUUCGCGAGAUGUAAUUUUUACGGUUGCGCCGACGGCGUCUGGGUUGUUCCCAGUAGUAGUCCUGACAAUUUUUUGACAUUGCACACUUUGCAAAGACUCAGCUGCAAAAUGUAAAACAGGUCGCCGGAAAUAUCGGAAAAACAAAUUGGGAUAAUGUCAGGCGGGAUAUAAUAGCGCUGCUAGACGACGAGAAGUAUGUUGAAGAGCCACUAGGGCCGGUAUUGGUUCGUCUCGCAUGGCAUUCUUCCGGCACUUGGGACAGGCAUGAGAAAACAGGAGGUUCGAAGAGUUUUGUGAGUACUUGUUUCGAAGCUUCGUUGUAGUUGACAUGAGCUGGUGCGAUGUCACGUCCACACUCGCUGCUCUCAAUAAAGUACAAAGUAAAUGAUGGUGAUGAUGAUGCCCACUGAUUAGUAGUACCUCCUCUGCCUGCGAUGCGCACUGAUUCGCCAUUGAUUUCUCUGUAGUACCCCCUCUGCCAUAGAUUUCUCUGUGGUUGAGGCGUACUGAUUCGUGUUGGCGUAGAAAAAGAACUUCGAAGAAGGCAACGAACAUUUCCUGUGAUAAUUUGAUGCAUCCUGAUCCAUCAUUCAGGGUCCGACGGUGCUCGCAUGCGCUUUGCCCCAGAAGCGGGCUGGGAUGCGAACGCGGGUCUGGACCGCGCGCGCAAAUUGCUUCAGCCGCUAGUUUAUCAAAUGUAAAAAUGUCUGGGUCUGGAAACUUGUGAUGCUGGGUGGCGUCUCAUGAUGAGACUACGAAUACUGGCCCAGCAUGACAAGUUUCUGAGCUCUUACGUGUUGCCUAUUCUGCAUGACAAACUACGGCUCUGCAUCACAGAAAAACGGAGCUCUUGGGUAACGUGCAUGACAGAUUUAAGGGUCAUGCCAGACAAGCAUGACAAACAUGAAUUCUUCCAGACCCAGACAUUUUUACAUUUGAUAUAGUUGAGAAGUACCCUAACUGUUCGGUGUCGGACAUGUGGAUUUUCGCCGGGACGGUGGCGCUGGAGGAAAUGAGCGGCAACAAGCUGAAGAUCGGGUUUCGCGAGGGUCGACAAGACCGGCCGGAGGACGGAAAAAAGCUCGUUUGGCAGACCAAAACCGCUCCGGACGGACGACUCCCAGACGCGGACAAGGGCAACAUGGUAGCGACAGCUACCCACCUGCGAACCAUUUUCCACCGUCAGGGAUUCUCCGACCAGGGUAGCGAGUUUGUUUUAUCUUGUACGUUGUAGUUUUUGUUUCGUGUUGUACUAAGAAUAAGAAAAUUUUUCAGAGUUGAUGUUAAGUCAUCUGAGAAUUGUUAUACUCGGGGUUUAUUUGACAUUCAAGUCGUCGCUGGGAACUACAUGAAGGUGUGUAUGUAUGCCGGAAGUAGAUCAUAAACACAUGACCAGAAAUCGUCGCUCUAUCGGGUGCGCAUGGUUUGGGCCGGUGCCAUCCACAAAACAGCGGUUACAAGGGGCCGUGGUCCUUCAGCCCGACGGCGCUGACGAACGAAUACUUUCGUUUACUGGUACUGGCCUAUAUACUGUUUGUUUUUUUAUUUCCAGGAGCUGCAGUGAGGGUGACAGAGAGUGACUACUUUCCUUCUCUACCAGAUCCGAGCUGAGUGUUAUAAAUUUUCGUUGUGCAGCUGCAAAUGAAAUUCCAGUGGAACAAGUUAUACAUUUGCUAGUAUCAAAGUCAAACGACAGACUCAACUUGAUAUUGACUAUAAAAACAGAAAGAGGAGAAAUGGAGCUUGAAGAAGUGGAACGGGCCGGAGCAGUACGAAGACAGUACGGGGGAGCUAAUGAUGUUGCCCUCCGACAUUGCGCUGAUUAUCGACCCGGAGUUCAAAAAAUGGGUAGACGUGUACCACCACAGUGAGGACCGAUUCUACCGUGAUUUUGGUAAGGCUUGUCGCAAAUUGUUCAACAAUGGCGUCCCCUUUACGAAGAGGCACGGCUACGGGCUGUGGGGCUCUCUGUUUUACGCCAUCCCCGAACACGGGAAGGCUCCGCCAGAGGAGCUGUGAAGACCAGGUGUGGUACUGCGAGCCUGCACCGCGAUGGGGUGAACAACGUGAUGGUUGAGCAGUACUGCGAUCACCACCGGGAAGCAAGCUGUGCGUCCGUGAUAGAGAAAAAGCGGGGGCGAUGUCGUCAUACUCGCGAACUCCCGCAGCCACUGCAAAAUGAUCGCAGUGUCUCUUUUAUUUCUCUUUGGCUGCCAAUCACACUUCGAUUUCGGCCAGACAAAGUUAUUUGCCUUAUUCAGAUUUCAACGAACGACGACGACCAGUAGGUUCAGCGAAAGAUGACCAGCAGGUUGUUUCACGCUCCAGGUCCUCACUUUCGGG